AUGGGAAUCUGCCAUGGAAAACCCAUCGAGACCCAGCAGAGUGAGAGAGAAAACCCAGAAUUCCCGAGCGAAGUUCCGUCAUCAACAAACCCCAAACCCUCGAAAUUCCCAUUCUACAGCCCGAGCCCUUUGCAGAGUUGGUUUAAAAACUCGCCGGCGAACUCAAACCCUAGCAGCGUGAGUUCCACACCGUUGAGGAUCUUCAAGCGCCCCUUCCCACCUCCAUCGCCGGCCAAGCACAUUCGCGCUCUCCUCGCUCGGCGCCACGGCUCCGUGAAGCCGAACGAAGCCUCCAUACCUGAAGGCAGCGAGUGUGAGAUUGGGCUGGAUAAGAGCUUCGGCUUCGCCAAACAGUUCUCGGCCCAUUACGAGCUCGGCGAAGAAGUGGGCCGCGGCCAUUUCGGCUACACCUGCUCCGCCAAGCCCAAGAAGGGCCCCCUCAAAGGCAUCGACGUUGCCGUCAAAGUCAUUCCAAAAUCCAAGAUGACUACAGCAAUUGCCAUAGAGGAUGUAAGGAGAGAAGUGAAGAUAUUGCGGGCUCUAACUGGACAUAAGAAUCUGGUGCAAUUCUAUGAAGCCUAUGAAGAUGAUGAAAAUGUUUUUAUAGUUAUGGAGUUAUGCAAAGGAGGGGAAUUGCUAGAUAGGAUUCUUUCCAGGGGUGGAAAGUACCCAGAAAACGAUGCCAGAGUAGUUAUGAUCCAAAUAUUAAGUGUUGUAGCAUUUUGUCAUCUGCAGGGUGUUGUUCACCGUGAUCUCAAGCCAGAGAAUUUUCUUUUCACUUCUAAGGAUGAAAGUUCCACGUUGAAGGCCAUUGAUUUUGGAUUGUCUGACUAUGUGAAGCCAGAUGAGAGAUUGAAUGAUAUUGUUGGAAGUGCUUAUUAUGUAGCUCCAGAAGUUUUGCAUAGAUCUUAUGGGACAGAAGCAGAUAUGUGGAGCAUUGGUGUUAUUGCUUAUAUUCUUUUAUGUGGGAGCCGUCCCUUUUGGGCUCGGACUGAAUCUGGUAUAUUUCGGGCUGUACUUAAGGCAGAUCCAAGUUUUGAUGAGGCUCCUUGGCCUUCUUUAUCUGCCGAUGCUAAAGAUUUUGUAAAGAGGUUGUUGAACAAGGAUUAUCGUAAGAGGUUGACUGCAGCUCAGGCACUAAGUCAUCCAUGGCUGGUGAAUCAUCAUGAUGAUAUGAGGAUACCUUUGGAUAUGAUAAUCCACAAGCUUGUUAAAGCUUACAUUUGCUCAUCUUCUUUACGUAAAUCUGCUUUACGGGCUCUUGCAAAGACAUUAACAGUAGCUCAGCUAGCUUAUCUCAGAGAUCAAUUUACUCUGUUAGGGCCAAACAAGAGUGGAUUAAUUUCUAUGCAGAACUUUAAGACGGCUGUUUUGAGGAGCUCCACAGAUGCUUCAAAGGAUUCAAGGGUCUUAGAUUACGUGAAUAUGGUUAGUUCUAUCCAAUAUAGGAAACUAGAUUUUGAGGAAUUUUGUGCUGCCGCUAUAAGUAUGCACCAACUAGAGGGAAUGGAGAGCUGGGAGCAGCAUGCAAGGCGAGCCUAUGAGCUUUUUGAAAAGGAAGGAAAUAGACCAAUUAUGAUUGAGGAACUUGCUUCGGAACUUGGGCUUAGUCCAUCAGUACCUGUUCAUGUAGUACUUCAAGAUUGGAUAAGGCACUCAGAUGGGAAGCUUAGUUUCUUGGGGUUUGUCAGGCUUCUGCAUGGGGUUUCUUCCCGUGCAUUUCAGAAGGCUUGA